AUGCCCAGCAAAAAGAGUACACACGGUAAAAAGAAGAGCAAUAGUAGUAGCAAAUCACAAUCAAAAGGAGAUAAAACCGCUCCGCAAGUCUCAUCUUCUAAACGAUCGGAUAGCCAAACUACAUCACUUCAUGAUUUUUGGAGAAGACUCAACUCUACUACUCGUAAAAGAUUGUUCAAUGUUGACGCAUAUGUGUUGCUCAAAAAGAUAAAAGCACAAUAUCAAAGAGUUUGUUCGUGUACAGUAUGUGGAAGGAACAAAACAAUUCUCGACCGAGAAUUAGAAAGAUUGUUUACGGAAUAUUGCAAAGAACUUGCAUAUCCAGAUCAUAACAAUGAAUGCCAAUUUAACUUUUGCACCACUGUGGACAGGUCUUCAAAACUUCGCAAUAAUAAUAAUAGUAACCGAACACCAAAAACCACUAAAAGAACAGUCAUCAACAAGGACGGAACCGAAAUGCUAACAACAACAACAUUUAAAAAGAGUGGGAAUGUACGUGUGAUAGAAAAAACUGUAAAAUACUAUUCUACAACAAAAUUCAAUCCAAGCGAUAACAAUGGUUUUCCGUCGAAACCAACAAGUCCGAUUAUCGAAGACAUCACAGAUGAUUCAAAAGAUAGGUCAGCUCCUUCUAAACAGCAAAUCAACAGUACCGCUGAUACAACAAGCACAACUCCAUCAACAACUGCUUCAACGACAUCUACGCAAAACGUUGCUCAAAAUGGUACAUCAAGUCAGCAGAACUUACCACCACCUCCUCCUCCUUAUCCUUCUGAAGAGUUAUCUCAAGAGGAUUUAGCUCAAUAUGAAUUUGGAAAGAAUCUUUCAAUCAGUAAGGAUGCCAUCAUCACACUUUCCGAAGAAUGGGUAAAACAUCACGAAUCCAGUGAUGUUAUUCAACUGCUUCAAAGAUUCGAGCAUAGCAUAAAGCAAAGCAACUUGGAAAAUUUAAUAUUGAACAAGGAUAAGAAAAAUAAUAAUAACAAUGCAUCUGAGGACGAUGAAUAUGAAGAUGACGACAACGAAGAGGACGAUGUUGACGAAGAUGAUCAAGAAUGCUCGGAAGAAGAAGACGACGAACAAGAGGAAGAAGAUGAAGAAACCGAGGAAGAGGAAGAAGAUGAAGAGUCAGAAUGUGAAAGUGAAAAUUCUGAAGAAAAUAUUUUGAAAUGGAGAGAAAGUAGGAGAGUCUUUCAUUUAUUUGCUGCUAAGGCAUUCUAUGACAAUAUUCUAAACGCUUUCAAAGAAAAACAAGCAUUAGAUAUGCAAGCAAAGUUAAUCGAAGAAGAGGAAAUUAAAGAAAAAGAAAAAAGUGAGAAGAAGAUGAAAAAGAAGAAAGAGCAAGAAAAGAAGAAACAAGAGCAAGAAAAACAGAAAAAGAUGGAGGAGGAACGAAAAAAGAUCGAAAAGGAGAUGAUAGAUAUUAUCAAGAAGGAAAAACAGAAAAAACGAGAGGUACACAAAGAUGUGCAUGAAGUUGAGUCUCCUCAUUCCGAUGAUCAGGCCACUGAACCACAACAACCAGAAAUUACUCACAUUCUUUUUGAGAAUGACAUGAGUGAUGUCUCUAUUAAGGUGACACCUGAGCAAUUCCCAAGAUAUCAACCUAAAUCAAAUAUCAAUGACAAAAAGAGUGCUAAACCUGUAAAGAAAGUCACGGAAGAUUCGUCGAAAUCUAUGGCAUCAUGCAAUACAUCGUCCUCUCAGUCAUCUCAGGUUACAGCACCAAUGGACACGAUUUCAUCUAGCGAUACUAUGAGCUCUGGGAAUAGCUCUGUCAAUACCCAACAUCCACCUGUUGUGACUCCAUCAAAUAUUGUUUCUGUGAAUGAUCAAAUUGUCACCACCAGUAGUGAUCCAAAGCUCAAUGGAGCAAGGAAAUCACCUUCUCCACCAAAUCAUCCAAACAACCAACCAAACAAUGCUUUCAAUAAUGGCUGGCAACCUAUGUCUAACGCGUUUCAAUUUGGCAAGCCACUCCUAAACCCUGCAGAAAUGUCGUUGAACAAUAGCUCAUUCCAUUUUACGGGAGGAAACAAUUUUCAAAACCCACAGCAACAUGCUGGCAAUUAUCAAUCCACCCAGACACAACAACCAUCCUUGUUCGGUCAUUUCAAUAGCAAUGCCAAUCAACCAGCUUCUCAGUUUAAUUUAUUUGGUCAGACACAAUCAGGCAACCAAUUCCCAAACGUUUUACCUUACGCAUUUUCUAAUGGUUAUUCGUCACCUCAAUACAACAAUCAAAAUAGAAUGAAUGCACCAUACAUGAUGCAACCAAUGCCUCCCCAGCAACAGCAAUAUCAACAAUGGAUGAAUUAUGCUCACUUGACUCACAUGCCACAAGGAGGUAUGAAUGGUGGAAACAACUUUAUGGGCUCACCUUUCCCUGCCAAUCCUACUCCAUCUAUCUUUGGUGAGGAUCACACUUUCAACAACAUGCCUCAUACUCAACAACACCAACAACAACCAACCAGUUCUUACUCGUUCAACGUACCACCGCCUCCUCAUCACUCCACUGUGGACAGUAGAAACGUGAACAAUACUUCUCAACUCUUUGGAUCUGGCUUUUUCAAUAAUCAUAUUUUGAAAUAA